AACUGUAGGUAAACUAGCUAGCAGGUUGACUACAGUGGGCGAUGUGGCUAACAAGCUAACUAACCUAACAACCAGGUUAAUGUCACCUAACGCUAACCGUUAAUUAACAUUUGAGGAAAUUCAAGAUGAAGGUAGCGGCUCAGUGAUGAAGACCAAAUCCAUAAUCUCUGAACUGCGCUUGAAAUUUGCAGAGAAGACAUGGAAUGAAACAUUUCAGCUUGUCCGAAGAUGCAUGGACAAAACCAGAGAUGAAUCCAAACCUUGUGAGCUGCUGGUUAGAUCCCUGGAAAGGCUCCAGGAAGUGUUUAAGGUCUCUGUAUGUUUCAGUGUCCUCUAUGAAUACCAUGAAGUCUCGUCUGGAAGUGAUUGCCAAACACCAAGGAAUGGGCUUUCACAUUACUGAGGCCACAUGCUACCUGACAGCCGAUUUGUUUUACCUGGAGGUGGUGUUGCUGCCAUGUGGCGGGGUGGAGGAGGUAAAAGUGGCCCCACAUGGAGCAUCCCCUGUUCCCUGCGAGUCUCUUCUUCAUCUGCUGAGGUCAAAAAAUUUUGCUGAGUUCUCCAUGAAGUUGGCAGGCCUCUUCACCCAGUACAACAUCGCUGGAGACAAUGAAAUCAAAUUAAAACUGUUUGCUUCUCUACAAUGCCUCGGGAAAGACUUGCAGCAAAUAUCACAUUUGCCAAGGGUGCCAAAGGACUCUGACCCCCAAGUGGACACAGUUAACAAUGGCAGGAUUGGGUGUCUGAUAGCUGGAAAAGAAGAUUGUCCCCUGACUAUCCAGUUCUAUAUCACCCCGACUGAUGGAAUGAAGACCUCAGAUUUAUCUCUUGUUGAAGAAAUGACAGAGACAGUCGUCCAGGCAGCCCAGGUGACCGUAGGUGUCAGUGAUGUGACUCACAAGCUUCAGAUGGCAUCUGUGAUCCCACAGCCUCCACAGCUGGAUCCCCAGGGUUGUCCUGUGUUGCUGCCGUUGAGUGAAGGGCCGUAUGAGACGCUGCCUGCCUGCUUUCUCCUCAGACUGCAGCCAGCAAUACCAAUGAUGCUGUCUUUUGUAAACAAGCUCAGCCAAAUUACAGAUGUGACCAUACCAGAUGUUGACCUGCAGUGGGCACCCUUACCCAAGCUUCUGAUGAGCCGUUCACAAAGUGCAAACAGUCACGCGGAAACAUUAGAUGAGCAGGAUACUAUUUUUACAGUGCCUCUUCCUGGUGGUGUGAUGCACAGUUAUGUUCUCCCUGGAGCAGCAUGGGAGAGGGGAGCUGUGGUGGACAGUAUUCCCUUUACCCACGCUGCCCAUGUCCCAGCCCUGCUGGAGCUGCUUCGACAUCAGUGUGCCAUUAACACCCUGCUGAGGAGCUGUAUCACCUCUCGGUGUGCCAGAACAGGUUCGGUUUGUGACUUGCACUUUGAAGUCCUUCCGGAGUCCAAGACCAGCUUUUCUGUGACCUUCCACCGACCUGACACUGAUUCCCUCGCUGUUUGUGAGCAUUCACCACAGAACAGAGUGCUGGUGAACAUAUAUGAUGCUCAUCAGAUUACCUGCACUUUGUUCGGAGCAGGAGUAGGGCAUCCCUCUAUGGAUGAUUACCUUUCCGAUGUCAUGAAGAGGUGCAUGUCCAUUCCUGUGACCCUGAGGGCCUUAUACAGCAAGCUAGAGGAGAUCACUUCUGCCCCACUUUCUCCCAGCCGCCCGGCCACCACAGAGGCUGAAAAUGACCACUUGUCUCCCUCGAGCACCACUGUGACCGACACGAACAGCGCCUCGACCACGUUCUCCCAGAGCGCAGCUGUGCCAGAGGACGGCGUCAGUGUUUCUGGUUCAGCCUACUACGCCAUGUCUGUUGCCAAAUCUGAGCUCCUUCCUGAAAUAAAUACAAGUCCUGCUGUCAACCUUUACCCAUUCACUCCUGUGGGUGUGUUUUCACACUGGAUGACCAAUAAUGGCCAACUGUCAGAGCUGAUCUGACACUGUAUGCGCAUUAUAUGUUUAAGCCUUUUUUUAAAUGUGUGAAUUUUUUUAUUUUUAGAAUUAAAUGUUUUGGUAAAGCAA